AUGUCGCCCGUUCCUUGGACUAAGGAGAUCAACUUCGGCAGUGCAUUGCUGCUACACUCUUGCAUUACGGUCUUCCUGAAAGAGAUCAGCAACGGCCUCGCUAUACUCUACCAUCUCGCAGUACGUCACAAGGACAGGACUGGGAUCAAGAAAGCUCUUGUGCUUGAUGGUUACACUUCCGUCUUCUCGCGAGAUCACGAUGGUGAGCUUGCAGAGCUAUACUUCACCAACACUGGGUUCAUUCUCUUAACCAUCUCGCUCGCCUGUGCUAUCGCAAUGAACCUACUUCUUCCAGCCACCGCGCUUAACAUCCUCAUCGCGACAACCUUCGGCUUGACGUUCAUUGCAUCGGCACUAGUGGCUUGCCGGGAGAGGAGCCUUGUGAUGCCAAUCAUGGCUUUAAGAAGAGCCGGACGUUUCAUCUGGUCCGAUACGCCGCUUGUGAAUUUCUUCACGUUGAUCUAUGUCGCAGUAUACUUGAAGGGUUCAUCGUCAAAGAUCACUCUCAGGGACUACAUGAUCUUCCGAUCUAUAGCCAUACUUGAGUUGGUAUUCAUGAAGGCGAAGAUAGCGGCGGCCUCUGUGGAUAUGCAGCAGACAAUGUUCGUUCGACUUCUCAAUAGCGAGUACGCCAUGACUAGGAAUAAAGCCUCCCCGGCUCCGUUACCGGCACUACCGCUGCUCGAACGCAACCGCAUCGUCUCCUUCUCCAGCUCCCAACGACUCUCGGUAAUGCUCUAUAAGACCUCUGUCGGUCACGCCGAUGGGUCACUUUGUGGUACUUCUGGUCCUGUCACUAUCACAGUACCGAAUAAGGAGGGGUUCUUCAUCGAUGAGGCUGAAGACCGUGGUUGGCGCAUCUACCGCGUAUCGCCCACACUCCUUGCCAUCGAGGAUUGCGUCCAAAUGAUGGUCACGAAGUUGCAGGAGCGGGCACCAACGAAAGAACGACAAGGUCUGGUGUCACUCUUCACUCGCUUCAAAGCCUGGACUCAUGGAGUGUUGCUGCGACGGUUAGGUAGGCGCAGGGUAGUCUGGUUACUGAGGACAAAAGGGGAUGGGCCAAAGGAAUACUAUUGGAAAGGCAAUGUCAAUCUCGUUACGGGCUUGAAAGAAAGCUGGUUACACAGUCGACAAAGGUUUCAACGCGUAGAGAACCUCGAGGAAACUAGAGGUCAGAUUAGCUAUGAAAUAUGCUCGUUGGCGCCUUCCGUUCACAACAUGCGCUCCACCACAGCGACCGCGGCAGCGCUCUUGUUGACUUCGAAAGCAUGGGCUUUUCUGAACGCGAGUCAGAACAACCAAAGUCUAACCAUUGCCAACGAUCGUCUUGUUGCGUCGGUGAGCAAGACAAGAGGAUAUAUCAAUGUUCUUACUCUUGACGGGCAGAACCUCCUUGGGACGGAAGAUGGCAACACUGGAGUCGGUCCCUAUCUCGACUGUUACUGCACUCCAUCUGGCUUCUGGACACCAGGCCGGGGAAGCAAUGUUCAGUACCAGCUGUUCAACGGCAAGGAUUCUACUAAUACUUCGUAUGGGGGUAUCAGCAUGGGCGAGACAUACGCUCCGACCGGUCAGAGGCUAGAGCAGUACUGGUUCCUGAGAGAAGGGGAAACAGGGCUACAUACCUUCAGCCGUGUGGUGUACAACAACAAGACCACUCCAUUCUUGCGCAACCUGCAAGAGUUCCGCACACUGUUCAGGCCAAACCAUGAACCCGCGCUCUUCACGCACUUCAUUACCAACGAGAAGUUUGCUGCACCCCGCCCAGAUACCGAGGGACAAGUCACUGUUCAAGACGCUACAUGGUGGCUGGCCAAUAAGGAAGAUCCGUACGUGACGGGCGUAGGAGACUACUUCACGAAGUACACCUUCCAAGACACAUGGCGCGAUCACAAGGCCCAUGGUAUGUACGCCGACGGUACUGGUAGCGCCAAUGGCUCAACCUACGGCGCCUGGCUUGUACACAACACUGUCGAAACUUACUUCAACGGUCCCGUGCAUUCUGACCUCGUCGUCGAUGGCAUCGUAUACAACUACAUGGUCUCCAACCAUCACGGCGAUCAAACGCCCAACAUCACCGAUGGCUUCGACCGUACCUUUGGGCCGCAGUACUUCCACUUCAACUCCGGCGGUUCACUUGAGGAGCUCCGAGAAGAUGCCGACCAGUAUGGCCUCCGUCCAGAAUGGAACGCUGACUUCUACGAUUCCAUUGCAAAACACGUACCGAACCUCGUCCCCACCUCUGGUCGCGGUACCUUCAACGCAAAGAUCAAUCUGCCUACCGGAGCCAAGAACCCCAUAGCCAUCCUCACAGAGAGCGGCCACGACUUCCAAGACAACGUCUUCGACACGAAAGCGUACCAAUACUGGGAAGACAUCUCUCCCGCAGGCGAAGUCACCAUCCCCCGUGUAAAGGCCGGAAACUACCGUCUCACAAUCUACGCCGACGGCAUCUUCGGCGACUACAUCCAAGACGACGUUUCCGUCUCAGCGGGAGAAGCCACUUCCAUAACAGCGACAUGGACCCCCGAGUCCGCCGGCACAGAACUCUUCCGCAUUGGCACCCCCGAUAAAUCCUCAGGCGAGUACCGCCACGGCUACGCCCAGUCCCCGACACACCCUCUCCUCACAGAAGAAUACCGCCUCUACUGGGGUGCUUACGAUUUCAUCGACGAGUUCCCCGAAGGCGUGACAUACAAGGUCGGUACGGAUGACGCGUCUCAAGCACUCAACUAUGUUCACUGGGCUGUCUACGGCGGAAAAGCAAACUACGAGCGUCCCGAACCUGUACCUGAUCAUCCAUAUAACUGGACUAUUCUGUUCGAUGCCAAGGCGAAUGAACUCAAGAACAGGACUACUGCGACGUUUACGGUGCAGCUUGCGGGCGCGAAGACGGCGGCGGGGAAUACGGAUGUGUUUAAUGCGAGUGAGCCGUAUUCGAAUUUGCCGUAUACGGUUAAUGUGAAUGGGGUGGAUCUUGAGCCUUGGAUUAUUCCAUACAACCAAUCUUCAUCCUGCGCCGUCCGCUCAGCAGUCAUAUGCUACAACCUCGCGCACAAAUUCCUUUUCCCUUCGUCCAUGCUGAAGGAAGGGGAGAACAGUUUGAUCCUCAGUUUGCCGUACAACGGAACCAACUACGAGAGCGCGCUGUUGCCGGAAGCGGUAUAUGUGCAGUACGACGCGAUGAGAUUGGAGGUGAAGUAG